AUGGCGAGCAAUAUAACGACAUUACCAUCUCAGUCCGCGCCUGGCGAUGGACACAUCUCUGAGCAACUCAAUGGAUCUUUGGCAGCCUCUGCCGGUGCGCCGAAGCUCCGCAAAAGAACUAAGACUGGCUGCUUGACGUGUCGAAAGCGGAGAAUUAAAUGCGGCGAGGAACGGCCGGUCUGCAACAACUGCAUCAAGUCUAAACGGCAUUGUGAAGGGUACAACCAGCGAGUCGUCUUCAAGCCUCCCAUCGGCGACUGGCCAACCGCUCAGCAGGGUCCAGCGAACACGCUUCAGUACCAUACGGGUGUCAUACCCGGCGGCCAACCCAUCUUCCGUCACCAUCAAACUGGCGCGCCGAUAUCAGUCCCUCUGACGCCGCUCCAACCCAGGCCAGAUGGACAGUAUAGCUUCUCCUCCCUGGAAGAAGGCCAGGUUCUGCCCAUCGAGCCGCUUAAUGUAGGCGGCUAUUCAGCAGGAGUUCUUUCGAAUGGAGUGCGGCACGGUGACGCGUUGUACCUCCAGCAGGUUGAUGCGGCUUAUCUGGUGACCUCUCCAAGCGCUGUCUUCCCGUUCUCAGCAGCAGCGAUGCAGCCGUCCUAUCCGCUACAACAGGCGUCGAACGAGUCCAAUAGCCAUGUUACUCCGCAACAUCCUCAGCAGCUUCCGCAGUAUUCUAGUCAUGCCAUCGGUUCCAGCACACACUUGCUGCAGCAGCCAUUCUCUGGCCAUCAUCCGUCCGCAGCAGGGCAUCCGCAGCCUUAUACGAGUGGCAGCCAAUCGCAACCGCCGCAGGUACCCUCACAGCAAGCGCAAACAUCGUACGGCCCAGGUUACCAGAACUCGACGAUGUAUGCAGAUGCUUCAAACAUCUCUGCCCCAGGAUACUCAUCCGUUCAUCCGAGUUCUCAUUUACCUCCUGAUUACCAAUUGAACGCAAUCAGCGGAGCGAGCCAGCCCCCGGCUUAUGACGGCAUCCAGUUGCCAUCGUACCAGCAUUCGUCGGCACCGUACGAAAUUAAACCUGCAAUCAAGCAAGGCUACGCCGAUCAGAAACCAAUGCAGCCAGGCUUUGCUAUGCAACCGCUACGAACUCCUCUUUUUGCGUCACGAUUUGCAGAAGGACAUGUCAGUCCAACGCAAGUCCUCGACGAAGCUGCAGUUGAGUACGAAGAUAAUGACUAUUACGAUGUAAAUUCCGACGACGAUAUGGAUAUCACCCCUGAUCAAAUGACGGCGAUUGGAGGAAAGCAGAAAGAUCUUGGAUUGAUAAUGGAACUCCAUCGGCAAAGCACCAGCGAUCUCAGCGUAAGACGAUACGACUCCUUCAUAUACGAAGGUAUCCUGGAUUACUACCGGGCAGAACGUGUCGCGAACCCUCUCCGGAACGAGAAGACUGCACGCGUUUUCGCUCAUUUCAUCAAUUCCACUGGGCCGAGUCUUUCAAUUUCUGAGAGGAAGGCGCGGAACACAUCAGCGCUAUUUAGUGAAUCGCCCGUCCCAAUGUCGCAACAGAGUUUGUGGACGUACACUCUGCCGAUGAUGGCCUUGAAUCACCAAGGACUGCUACACGCCAUGCUGGCACUUGCCAGCUUGCACAUUGCGAAGCUACAGGGCGCUUCCGUUACGCCUUCCUUCAAGCACUAUGCGUACGCCUUGAAAAGAAUACAUCACUGCGUUGGGCAUCCCAAGAAGAGACACCAGGUCACGACCCUGGCUGCGUCACUGCUGCUCGGCUUCUACGAGGUCAUGACAGCCGACCAUCUCAAAUGGAGUAGCCACUUAGUUGGCGCCAAGCAACUGUUGGUUGAGAUCGACUAUCAAGGUAUGACCAAGGAAUAUCGGAGGCAGAAGGCUAAGAAAGCCGCACAUGAGCAAAACUUCGCGCGAGACAACCCAGAGCUUCUCAUACAGCAGAGACAGCUUGCACGGCCUUACUCGGUCAAUGAUGACUUACCUGACGAAAGGCUUGUAAGCACUCUCAUCGGACGGAAACUUCGCUAUGACGAAUACGGACAAAUCAUCGAAGAGCAUGGGAGCAGCCCGUCACCCACGAAUUCAAUUCCGCAGCCAUUUGACAUCAGUAAAUACGAGAUCUUUCAAGACUUGUUCUGGUGGUACUGCAAACAGGAUGUCUUUCAGAGCAUUGUCAGCGGCAACCGGCUGCUGAUGGAUUACAGCAGAUGGUCAGACUGCCCCCCACGUGGGCCUGUUGGCAAAGGGCAAGCCGUUUUCGCUACUUACGAUCACCUUAUGCUACUUGCAGGUAGGGUUGCAGACUUUGCGGCCCGAGAUCGCGUAAGGAAGCAAAAGGCGGUGGAAGCAAUGGGUGGGCACUGGAGGCCUCAGCCAGGCAUGCCGAUGGGCCCACCACCCGGUACUCCGCGAGCGCCACCAGGUAUCUUCACACCGGGCGGUCCACCUCCUGGAUUUCCCAUGGGUCCUCCUGGUAGCGCUAUGGGUGCUCCACAUGUAUCUCCUACGGGUCCAGCGCCUGGGCACCCAAGCGAAUUCCCCUCCGGGCAUCCUAUGGCAUCUUCGCCCAUGACUCCCGCUGGUCCCUAUGGUGGUGCGAAUGGAUUCCCUGCCUCCAUCCCUCCAACAAACGGCGCUCCAUACCCGCCUCACAGCGCAGGAUUCCAAGGCCAGCAAAUGCCGCAACCGUCACCUGCCGUUCCCCAAAUACCACCUCAGAUGCCCCCGCAAAGGCCUCCUGGUCCGAUUCAAAUGCCGUCAUUCUACGGCAUGGCACCCACAUCAACUCCAACAGUAAUGCCGCCAUCAUACGCAAGCAACAAGCGCAAGCGUUCUCCCGAGACACCCAGUCCGAAGCCAGACAUCAUAGAUCUCGAUGCCGCGACAGCUUCUGCCCUCGAGGAAUGGCAACAGAUAAUGCACGCACUGAAAGCCUUUCACGCGCGUCUCGGUCCAGCCUACCAACCCUUGCCACCAGAAUACCACCAACCGAUCAGUACUCCCUUCGGCGAGGCGCUCCAGUACCGCAGCUACGACAUCGGCGUCGUCUGGGCCCACUACCACAUGACGCACAUGAUCGCCAUCCGCUCGCAUCCCCACAUGCCACCUGCCGCCAUGGUAGCCGCAGGCGUCGCUGCAGGCGCGACGGCCGGACUGGCCAAUGAGAUCGGCAGGAUCGCAGCGGGCAUCACGCCAACGCCAGCGAACACGCCGCUAAGUCCGUCUCUCGGCGGGUGUCUGAUUGAGUCAACCAUGCCACUCUUCUUCGCCGGUAUCCAGUAUCAGGACGCAGCCCAGCGCGGCUGGCUUGUCAGUCGUGUUCUCGACGUCGAGGCACGCACGGGUUGGGCGUCUGCGGGACUCAUUGCUCGUGGAUGCGAAACUGCGUGGGUGAAGGCGGCAGCCAUGGGGAGGGGCCCGCCGUACUACCAGAAGAACGACGAGAACAACACGGACGAUAGACUGGCGGGGCGUGUGGUCAGGGAUGGGUCGGCGGAGCCGCCAAAGGAGCUGACGGAUAGGAGGUGUAUCUGGACGAAUGCGGGGACGAGGGUACAUUGGGCGAUGGGGCUGCUGGCGGCGGAGGAGGAUAUGGGGGAUAGUCCGCCGGCGGGAAGUCCGACGGGGCAGAGUCCGCAUUGA